GACGCGGAACCUUCGGCGGAGCAGCUCACGGCCCUCAGCCACAGGGUCAACGACCGCGGUUGCUCGCCGCACGCUGACUUCGCGCUGUGGGGGCCGUUUGCCCGCUUGGGCGCGCGCGCCGUGAAGUUCCGCGCCUGGUACCCGACCGGCGACGGCUCCUUCGCGGCCGAGGAGCUCCCCGGCCCGGGGAACCUGCAGCACUGGGAGGCGGCCUGGCAGGUCUUCGCCUCGGCCUGCAUCGUGUUCAUGGCUGCGGCCCGCUCCGCGCUCGAGCGCUACGCGGAGAAGAUCCGCAAGCUCGUGCAGCUAUGGCCGGAUUGCUGGCAUCUGAUUGCCACGGCGGAUGACCAGAUGCGUGCGGAGCACAUGGUCCGCCUAAAACGCCGCUACGAGGCCAAACUGGCGGCCGGGCAGACGCCUGCUCCAGACUGGAACAGCGCAGCGCCCUGGUCCACCGCGCGCCGCCUUGCGGCCGACGACGAGGCAUUCUGGGGUGCUCACGUGCGGCACCCGGCUGCUGCGUGGGUGCCGCGCGGCGGUCGCGGCGUCCUGCUCGCGCCCGAGGGGGCGGUGGCCAUGGCCGACCUGCCAGGAGGCCUCGCGGCCAUUGCGCCACCGACAGAGCAGCGCCCCGCGGCGGGCAAGCGGCGCAAGACCGGCACGCAGCAGCAGCGCCCCCAGCAGGCGUGCAAGAUCUGGGACCAGGGCAACCCGGCGAACGAGCGCGGCAAGUUGGGAACGCCCGCCCUCGACUUGCCCGAGGGGCCGGGUCCACAAGUGCGCCAAGUGCGGCGAUACCUCGCACAAGGCGCCGGACUGCCGGCGCCGCUGACCCCGGCUCCGGGGUCGCCGGGCGCUGUCGCUGAGGCCCCCGACAGCGCCUUGGUCCGAGUGGGCCAGCGGGGCAACGCGUUAGUCAGGCGCCCCACCAGCGCCGCCGCGGCAGCCGGGCAGCCGGCCGCGCAGCCAGCCCUCGCGGAGGUCACACGCCCCGCGCCGACGGCCGCGGCCCCGGACUCCCGGCAGGAGCGCCGUGAGCAGGAAAACCAUCUCUGCGUUGGUGGCCUGCGCUCAACGGCGGCCUCCGUCGCGCGCCUGCCGCGCCUCUGCGCCCUCGGCAAGGAGGUUGCAGCCUUGUGCGACGAUUGGGUUUCGGAGUACCCGGAGGCUACCACUUGUGGCGCGGCGUUUCG